AUGGAUACUGAGAAAAGCAUACUUGCAAAGCUACAUUUUUUGCAAGCCAAAGGGCUUUCGAAGUUUGACAUUACGAAAUUGGUAUCUGGGUACCCGCAUAUCUUGAGGAGGAGUUUAACCAAUAUGAUUAUCCCUUCGUAUGAUUUCUUUAAGAAUUUGUUUCAAUCUGAUGAGAAAGUGUUUAUGGCUAUUAAACGCUUUUUGGGUAUUCUAACAUUGGAUAUUGAACAGUAUUUGGCAUCUAAUUUUGAUAUUUUGCAACAUCAUGGAGUGCCUAAAUCUAAUAUUGUUACAUUGAUUCGGAAUCACCCUAGAGCUCUUUUGAAAAAUCCUGAUAUGUUUAGAAAGAUUGUAGAGCAAGUUAAGGAAAUGGGAUUUGAUCCUCAAAGGACGAAUUUUCUUGGAGCGGUAUUUGCAACGAGGACAAUGACCAAAUCAACAUGGGAAAUGAAAGUUGGGAUACUUAAGAAAUGGGGUUUGUCUGAGGAAGAGGUUUUUCAAGCUUUUAGAAGACAUCCUGGGUGUAUGGUGUGUUCUGAGAAGAAGAUUAUGGAGAUUAUGAGUUUCUUAAUCAACAAAAUGGGUUUCGAGCCUUCUAUUGUUGCCAAAUACCUAACAAUUCUUACAUACAGCUUGAAGAAGAGAUUUGUUCCAAGAGGUUCGGUUUUUCGAGUUUUGCUGUCAAAAGGUUUGCUAAAGAAGAACUGUAACCCUUCUACAUAUUUGUCCAUGCAUGAAGAGUUGUUCUUACCGAGGUAUAUCUUUCCUUAUGGUAACGAGUCUUCUAAGUUGCUAGAGUUAUACAAGGAAAAACUGAGCCUUUCUAAUCGAAAAAAGACUGAAAAGGUAUGA